AUGCGAAGGAAUACAAGUCGGGUCUCGUCGCAAGUUGACCACAGCAUUUCGGCUGUUUGGCUGACACUCUCCUUGACUCGUUUUGUCUGCCAAGUGACGCUACUCAUUCAGCUGAUACAGAAAUGCGAUGCGACUCUUCUGCACAAAAGCACUAGCAACUGCUCCUUGGCAGCGGUAGCGGUUCUCGAAAGGAAGCUGUCGACCAACGUUGACGAACUCAUAUCAGCCGGACCGAUAAUAACGGGUAUGUUUCAAAUUUGCAAUUUUUUCCUACUUUGGAAUCGAUUAACAGCCAUUAUUAUGAAUGGAUUAAAGCCAGCAUUCGACGGUCUCAAUGUUUCGACCGUUAUCAUUCGCAGGUCCCAUGGACAUGACAGCUGCGACCGUUAUCAGUCGAAGCUAAGCGAUCUGACUUCGCACAAGGUCAGCAGAGUGAAAUCUUAUAGAACCGGGCAGGAUGGUGCAGAGAUCUAG